CUUGAUAACAAACGCUAAAAUUGUUGUGUUUUUCUUUGAAUUCCCCUUGUAAGAAUUCGAUACUUGAAAAUGUCUUCGGUCUCAGGUGAUUCUGAAGAUGGAGUAAGUCGAAAAAAGAUAAAAUUAUCAGAUGAAGAAGAAGUUACAGGGGAUCAUUCAGUCGCUGAAGAUUUAAGUGCCCAUGUUCGUUUAAAUUCGUUGGAGGGUUUUCAGUUGUCGGAGGUUUUGUCUGAAAACAGCUAUUCGAAAUCCGUUUUUCUUGAAGGACGCUUUGACAAAGCAGCUGACAAAGCCAUUAUCUUAUUAGAAAAGUUGCCGAUACAUCACGAUUCUGUUGAGAAACUUCUGAAUAACGCUGAUCUGGCGUUGAACUUGAAAUCGAAUUCUAUUUCUGAGCCCAAUGUUGUUGAUUAUGCUUGUUACCCUCCUGUGUGCCAAGGCGAUAUUAAAGCAACUGUCAUAUAUCCAGCUACAAAUAAGCAUGCAGAAAAAUAUAAAUAUCAAUCUUCAGUUGUUGUUAAUGAAACAGCUGAAAUAUAUAAGUCAGUUGUUCUUCCUCAUCUUGAAGCUCAGAAAUUUUCUAUUCAGUGGGUUUACAACAUAUUAGAGCACAAGAGUGAGGCUGACAGAAUUAUAUUUGAAGAUCCAGAUCCUCAGCUGGGUUUUGUGUUGUUACCAGAUCUCAAAUGGGAUGAAGGUGAAAAAAGCUCCAUUUAUCUCAUAGCUAUUUGUCACACAAGAGAUAUUAAAUCAAUUAGAGACCUGAAUGCUUCCCAUCUUCCACUUCUAAAGAAUAUAAGGAGAAAGGCUCUUGAUGCCAUUCUGAAAAAGUACAACAUUCCAAGUGAAAAACUAAGAGUAUUUCUCCAUUACCAACCAUCUUACUAUCAUCUGCAUGUUCAUUUCACAAGCAUUAAUAAGCAAGUUCCUGGAUGCCAGUUUGAAAAAGCUCGCUUAUUAGACACUGUCAUUAGUAAUAUAGAAUUACUUGCAACAUACUAUCAAGAUGUGACAUUAACAUAUACUUUGAAAAGUAAUGACCCAUUACUUUCCAUCCUGAAAAAGGCUUCCGUUAUCUCCUCUUGAUUUCCUCUCACCCUUCCUCAUGAAUAUUUUCAUUAGAACUCACUGCAUUUUUAUUGGAAGCCAUGUGCUUAAAACUGUCAAUUGACUAUUUUUUUCACUAUACAAUACAGAAGUUAAUUAUUGUAUAUAAAAUAAUCAAUUUCACUUUAUCACUUUUUUUUAUUUAAAUUUGUUUUAAAUGCAUUUAUAUGUUAUCAUUUUUUUUUUGUUUGUUUGUUUGGUUUCAGAAUUAUUUUUGAAACUUAUAUGUGGCAAAGGAUUCAUUUUUUUAAUUAUGUUUUAUUACUAAAACGGUCAUUUAAUUAUGAUUUUAUGUGCUCGUGUACCAUUUUCAAGUCGUUUAUAAUACUUGCAUUCUU